CUUCACAACCAUCAGGCCUCUUUUGGAGCAGAGCGAUGGGCUUCUUCAACUUCCUUUACCAGGCUCGUGAAGCCAAACAGGAAUAUAAGCCGCAGCGUACCAUAGAUCUAACGACACUCUACCCUCCUCGCGACCUCACCAUGAGCCUCUCCACGAACCAAGUCCGGGUGCCUCUCGAGCUUGUUAUGAACGUCCUCGACUCAGCCUACUAUGACGAUGAGCCCGAGUCCAAUGUCCAGCUCUUCACCAACUGCGCCUUGGUCUGCAAGGACUGGUCUGCCAUUGCCCAGAAGCUCCUCUUCCGCCGUGUCACGCUGCGUAGUCAGACGGACUACAUCGCGUUCCAGCAGGCAGUUGACCGUUCGACCGCCCGCGGCCGCAUGCUCGGAGACGCUGUUCGGUCUAUGCGUGUGACGUUGGACCACAACCAGCCGUACUAUCUCAGUCAGCGGUCCUUUGCGCGUGCCGUCACGCUCUGCCCCAACAUGCAAGAUCUCCGUCUCGCUAUGUACGGCCAGGGUUCUCCGGGCCACGAUGUUGUCGGCGCACCCGAUGUCAACCGCAUGAAGCGUGCAGCUCCUUCAUUUGACGAGCGGACACUCGCGCUCCUUCGUACAGGCCCCUCGAUCGCGUCCCUACAGUUCAGCAACUGGUCGGACAACUCGUCGACAUUGUUCCAGCUCCUCGACGUUUGGCCGGCGCUGAAGUCGCUUGCCAUCAGCGGCGUGCCACCACAGCUGCCCAACGAGGCUCCUCAGCCGUUCCCGUGCGCGCUCGAUAGUCUCCGUAUGAACUUCCAGACGCCGCCUUGCAUCGACUUCAUGAGAUGGCUUCUGCACAAUUCCACCGACAGCCUGCGUACCCUUGAGCUCGAGCGCGAACCCACGCCUGACAUGCUCAAGUACCUCUUGGCCCAUCAUGCAGGUGCAUUGCAGUCCCUCGCGAUGCCGACCUGUGGCGGGCAUGAGGGCACUGCCGCCAUUCGGCAGUGUCGUGCCCUGCGCGAGCUUCGAAUCGAGAGCCCGUGGACGCCACCAACGCUCUGCAAGGCGCUACCGGAGACUAUGGAGCACAUCGCGUUCGGUGUGGACAUGGCUACGCCGCUGCCGCCCAUACUCCAGAUGAUCAAGCGGAGCGAGACGCUGAAGGCGGUGACGGUCCACAUCUGGCACGGCGGCGAGAGCCACCCGCAGCUGAACGCGCUCAAAAUUGCCUGCGCACGCCAGGGUGUCGAGCUCAUGUCGACAACAGACGUUCGGGAGUUCCGUUCCAUUGCUCGGGAUGUCAUCCAUUCUUCCACAUCCGUCGCCGGAGUCAUCUACUGAUCGCCUCGAUCAUCGGUCCUCCCUGCCACAUGUCAAACAUCUUUGACUUCCACCUCCUGCGCCCUGAAACGCAUCACAUCAUGCCUUUACGUGCGAGUACGACCGACCUUACUCACAGCUAAUGCAUAUUGUUGUGUCAUAUGCUGUCGACCAUCGCUCGACAUGUAUCCAUCGCUUCUUUCCGACUCCAGCCACGAAAAAAAUUGACGACCAACUCAUGCCAGACUCCUUGUUCUGUGUAUAGACUCCUGUUCUUCUAUUCUGUUCACAUCUCCCGCUCGAAUCCGCAUCGCAUCGCAUUCACGUCAUCGUCAUCACAACAACGACCACCAUCUCUAGCCUACUGUCAUUGAUUAUUCAUCCACUUUCACCUCCCUCACGUCUCUUUGUUCGGCUGCAUAUAUGUCGACUGUCGCUCGUCUCUUUUCGUAAUAGGUUAAUCUGCAUCGCGGGAAUGAAGCCUGGGGAGCGUGGGUAGGGGAUCUGGAGGAAA